CACUGGUGGACUGACCACUGGGCCCUGACCGGCCUGGAGAGGAGCAGCACAUCAGCACAGGCACUGAUGAUAGGCACUUUUUAGGUACCCGAUGGGGACCCUGCACUCUUUAUCACUGCCAAAACGAUCGCCCGGAGCCCGGAAAUUCACAACGCCCUUGGAGCUCCCGAGUGAUGCCACUCGGUCUAGUUCCCUCUGUUCCCAUAUAAUCCAAUCAAAACACCACACCAGGAGUCCACCGCCAAUCAAAGAAAAGUCCGGUCUACGGGUUCAUCGCAUUCAAAUUCGUUUACUUUUCUCCCAUCACUUCUCUUCUUUGGAUCCGACUCGAGCCUGCGCCUUCAAGUUUGUGCUGUUUCAUCCGUUCUUCUUCGCAUCUCAGUCGUUUCAGCAGUUUUUCGUUUUGGUCGCCGUCCAAGAUGAAUUCGACCUACAGCUCCCCAGUCUCCUACACCGACUACUACAACGACAUUGCCCAAUACAAUGUCCACCUAAAUAUCUUCGAGAAGGCGUGGGCCGCCUGGUAUGCCUACAUGCAGAACGACGUCCUGGCCACCGGAAUCAUGUCCUUCGUUAUGCACGAGGUGGUUUAUUUCGGUCGCUGUUUGCCGUUCAUGAUCAUGGACAAGAUCCCAUAUUUCCACAAGUACAAGAUCCAAGGGCAAAAAAUGCCGACUCUGGCUGAACAAUGGCAAUGCGCCAAACUGGUCCUCCUGUCUCACUUCACCGUCGAACUGCCUCAGAUUUGGUUUUUCCAUCCGAUGGCCCAAUAUUUCGGUCUUUCCACCAGCGUCCCGUUCCCGCCGUGGACCAAGAUGGCGUGGCAAAUCGCUCUCUUCUUUGUCCUCGAAGACACAUGGCAUUACUGGUUUCACCGAGCUCUCCACACCCCUCGCUUGUACAAGAUGAUCCACAAGCUUCACCACCAAUACAGCGCACCCUUUGGACUGGCGGCCGAGUACGCCUCACCACUUGAAACGAUGAUCCUCGCAUUCGGCACCGUCGGCAUCCCCAUUGUCUUCUGCGCCAUCACCAAGGACCUGCAUAUCAUCACCAUGUACAUCUGGAUCGUCUUGCGGCUGUUCCAGGCGAUCGACGCCCAUUCUGGCUACGAAUUCCCCUGGAGUCUGCAUCAUUUCCUGCCAUUCUGGGCCGGCGCCGACCACCAUGAUGUGCACCACGAGAAGUUUCUUGGAAACUAUGCCAGCUCUUUCCGAUGGUGGGAUGCUGUUCUGGGUACGGAGUCGGGAAGCAUCUCGGCCCAGGCUGCGGCCAAGCGCGCAAAGAAAAAUACGGCCAAGGCGCAGUAAGCUUGGGCUGUGCUCUGAGCGUGCCGGAAGCUAGACCAAGUGGAGCCUCGACCGCCUUCGCUCUGCAUAUAAGGUCGAAUUUACAUAGACUGGUAGACUGGGGUGUGGAGUUGGCGUUGGUAACAACUGAUAGAUUGGCGCAGGCAGCAGGGUCGAUCAUGGACACUUUGGACGGUGUCCGAGUCGGGUUUUAAUCUUCAUCAAUAGCGUUAUCCUCAUCCUAUCCUUCGUUUCACAGACAUCAAGUAUUUUGUGUGUCUCCAACAGAAUGUGUCCCAUUAUUCCAACUGAUGAAACUCCUGAUCGUCGAGGGUACCAAUCGUAGGUAGUAAAAGCAGGCCAUUAUGCAAAACACGAUUGAAAUAUAACCUACUGCUUUUUGGCUGAGUCGCAGCCACAGUUCUCCAA